UCUCAAAUUCGGUCCAAUACUAGAAUCAAACAGGAAAAUCGACGAACGAGAAGCAGCAGAGCAGCUUUGCUGAAGCAGAGCUCUCGAAUCAAAUCUAUGGAAAACGUGAAUUUGCAGAGAAGCAUUCGAGUUGUUUGCCCUAAGCUCGUCCUUUACAAGAACGAACCGGGUCUCCAAUGGUUGAUUGGGUCCCCAUUCUUCCCUCCACUCACAAUUGUCUCUACCCUUCGAUGCAUCCACAUCGAUUCCUUCACUCCAGACUACCACAAAGAAUCAGAGGAUCUUCGGACGCUACUAGUGAAAGGAUUCGUUGUAAUCGGAGCUUUAAUCGUUGCGAAUUCCGAUAUAGAAAAGAAUGCAGAGAAGGCCAUUGAUGCUGCUCGUAGGUUGAGGAAGCUUCUUUCUUGUGAAGAUGGUGAAGAUGUUCUCGGAGCCGUAGCGGAUUUGGGUAACGAAGACGUUCGGUUUUUCUCUUCGAAAUCCGUGAACUCGAAGAGUCUCGAAUCGGCUACCACUGUUGUGUAUGAUGAUUAUCCUGAGAAGUACGUAUGGGAGAAGGGUUGUCUGCUAAGGAGCGAGCUUCCGAUUAGUUUGCCAAUCUACUACCCAGUAAACAAUCCUUCUGAUGUAGAGAGGGUGUUCCAGCGUGCAAUUGAAGCAGUUGCUGCAAAGUUCAAGGACCAAAAGGCUGCAUACAUGGUAGAAUCAUUAAGGCAAGACUCUGCUGAAAUACCUCAAGCUGUUAUUCUUCGUGGUUUAGAAUUGGACUUUAGUACAGAUUUGUCAAGUGUGAUGUUGAAAGAAGGUGCCCAAGAUUCUGAUGCAAAGUUGGUAUCGUGUGCAAAUUUCUGUUUGAAUGGUAAAACUGGCUCGCCAGUCUAUUCUGCUGAGAAUGCAGAUAGAAUCCAAGUGACUCUUCUGCAUAAUAGCUCAGAGAAAUCUUCAAAAUCUUCAGCACCUGUGGCAGAAUUUUUUCCAGCUCUGGAAGAAACCAGACUUCUGGUCGUAGAAUUUAAGCUAGAAGUGCUCGGUUAUGCAGCAAAGGACCUACCUCUGAGGUUUGCAGUUUCAAAGUUGAUUGUCCCAGGAUUAGUUGACCAGCUCAAUUCAAUGAAGAAUGCAGUCUUGCCAAACCUCCUAGCUGAACAUCCUCUGCUUCAUCCAUAUCAUUUUACUCCUCCUGGGUUUCUGCAUCCAAUAACUGUUAUAUAUGAACUCAACUAUGGUGAAACAGAAAUGAAACAAGUUGAAGUUAGGAAAUCCCUACACUCAAGGCUAGGUUUACCUUUUGAUCGGCCUCUUUUAAGAGUUGCUAAUGCCCUGAAUUUGGCUACAAGCGGUGGUGUAAGGAGUGAGUCAAUACAAAAGGGUUCUUUUUUGCUUAAAGAUGUACAUAUUGGGAUUCCAAGCAGUGGAGUUUCCGGAGGCAGUGUGGCUCUGGUUCAGGGUUCUUAUGAAUAUUACCAUUAUCUGCAAGAUGGUUUUAAUGACUCGGGCUGGGGUUGUGCUUAUCGUUCUCUACAAACCAUCAUUUCGUGGUUCAGACUUCAGCACUAUACAUCCAUAGAAGUUCCUUCACAUAGGGAAAUACAACAGUCACUUGUAGAGAUUGGUGAUAAAGAUCAUUCUUUUAUUGGGUCACGUGAAUGGAUAGGUGCCAUUGAGUUGAGCUUUGUUUUGGACAAACUUUUGGGUGUCAGUUGUAAAGUCUUAAAUGUUAGAUCUGGAGCUGAGCUUCCUGAAAAAUGUAGGGAACUAGCUUUGCACUUUGAGAAUCAAGGAACCCCAAUUAUGAUCGGUGGUGGAGUUCUUGCAUAUACCCUAUUAGGAGUUGAUUACAAUGAAGUUAGCGGAGAUUGUGCAUUUCUUAUACUGGAUCCUCAUUACACGGGCAAUGAUGAGCACAAGAAGAUAGUAAAUGGUGGAUGGUGUGGGUGGAAAAAGGCCGUCGACAGCAAGGGCAAGAAUUUCUUCUUACAUGAUAAGUUUUAUAAUCUUCUUCUGCCACAGAGGCCUAACAUGGUUUGAUUCUCCACAAACUAAAACCUUGCAACCAAAAAAGUGACUAUGUUAGCAUAUAGUCAAAUGGAAAGGGCAUUCUUCCAGCAAGCUCCAAGCAGCAAAGAAGGAAGGGCAUGGACAUUAGAAUAAUGUAUGGUUAUCCACCAGCAAAUCGGCAUUCCGGAAAUUCAUCUGGAUCAGAAACGGCACAAGCAAUAUGAAAAAUGGUUAAGUUGCUGCUGCCUUGCAGUUACGGAAAUGUUUUUCUCCCUCUCUGUUAUUUUGGACAAAAUAGAAAAACUUUUAUGGUCAUUAUUUUAACGAAAUAUAUAUAUAUAUAUAUAUAUGGUCAUUAUUAGUUUA